UGUUUGCAUUUCGGGGGAAAGACGCAUCUCUGAUACUGUCCAGGGCAGCUGAGAAGGAUCCCAUUGCGACGGGGGAAAAAACGCAGUUUGGGCGCACACGCUCUGGAGGUGGGACAGUCAAAAUGAUGCGUGGGUGGUGCAGCGUUGAGCCGUAUUGAUGGAUGUGUUAACAGACAGCAGUCUCACAUUGAUUGUGAAGACUUCAGAACCCGAGAAUCCAAAUGCAGUGGAGAGCACAGGGCUAUGUGAGCAGAGUAGCGAUCUGAGUCUGUGCGGGCUCGUCGAUGCUGCUCUCCCUCCGUCCUCGCCUCCUCCUGACGCAGAGACUUCACAACAGGCCUGCCCAGCGCAUCAGAGGACCACUCCUACAUCGCCAGCCCUCCCCUUGCCCCUUGGGACUGAGCCCUCUCUGGGCCUAACAGUAUCCCCUUCCUCCAAUGACCCUCCAACUGUGGUCCCCCAUCUUCACCACACGCCCGCUCCCUCAUCACUCUCUAGCCCAGCUGUAAGCUCCUGGGCGCCGACAGGAGACAACCAGAAAACGUCACUUCCAUUACCUGUUGCCCUCCCUCUAUCAGCGACAAUGAUGGAGCCUGGCACCGUGUCUGGCCUGACGGAAGAGUGUCUUCUUCAGCCUAACCGAACCUGCCUCGGCUGCUUCAUUGAAACACGUGAUGCCACUGACCCUAACGCCAUCCAGAACACACCCCACGACCCCACCGCCAACCCUGACACGGAGACUGGUCUAAGUGUAAGGAUAGGGGAUGUGAGCCGAGAGGACUUCUCUGACAUCAACAACAUCAGCAUUCAGUGCCUGAGCCACGCGGGGGAGGCAGUGAGUCACUAUGGAGAACAGCUCCUCUCUGACCAGCUACUUAGCUUUCCUCUGCCAAAAGCCCCAGGUGAGGGCAAGAGAGGGGAUGCAAACAAAACAACAGGGGACUGCGAUGACCCCGAAGAUGAUGCAACAGCUAAGAAUUUGUAUGAAGGACUGUUACUAGACAAGGUUAGUGGAGAAGAAGUUCUGCUGGCUAAUGCCAGCCAGGACUGGGGCUACUUUGAGUCUUUUAUCAGUGAGAGUAAGAUGGAACUGCUGGACCUUUGUUCUAAGAAUGAACUGUCGGUCAACCUCUUCUCAGAGGAAGACGUCGACAAUCUGUUUGACGACGAAGACGACGAUUCGACAUUAAGCAGUGAUGUCUGUUCGCUCAAGAUUCGCUAUGAGUCUUUCCAGGACAACAUGAGGGAAAAAACAAAUGUUCUGCAGGAGGAGACGCAGUUCAACUUCUUCCCCAGCGUCCUGGCCAACUGUGCCAAGAAAGAGGAAGGAGCAGCAGUCUUGAGGAGAACCGCAGAGGAUCUUCAGCCCAAAACUGAUGAACUCAUCCUGGAGGGAGCACAGGAAGGAAAGGCCGGGGACUGCAGUGCUAGGAGUCCACUUGAUGGUUCCCACGGCUCGCCUAUGUCCACUCCCAAAGUCAGCUACCUAAUGGACUUCAAUUCCACAGAGGAGUCAGGGGAGUUCAGUGAUGACAGCUCCUGCACUGGCUCGUCCUCAGACACCCUGCAGGAGGGAAAGUUUAAAAAGAGCCACUCAAAGAGAUUCCUCAGUCCCUCGAACCCUCUCAACUAUGGCUUGCGUUCCAAAAGAAAGGUUCGAUACAGCGAUGAUUACUUAUAUGAUGUUGACUCGCUUGAGAGUGAGAAAAAUGCGGAGAAAAAGGAGAAAGCCCCCGCUGGUCAGAAAGAAGAGGAGGAUGUAGACUGGUGCCCCAAAAAACGCCGGAAAUCCUGCCGCAAAGAGCCACCCGUGGUCAUCAAGUACAUCAUCAUCAACAGGUUUAAAGGAGAGAGACUCAUGUCAGUGAAACUGGGCAAGCUGGACCCUGUGGAUGCGACUGUGAGCUUAAAUGCCGACACAGUAAGCAAAUAUGAGACACUGGCUCCUCUGAAGCAUUUCUGGCAGGAGAAGCAAAGAGAGAGACAGGAACAGCUUAAGCUGGCUGCCAGAGAUAAACAACAACGCGGUUUUCAUCUAAACGGACGCCACCAUCGCCCUUUUAAUUCUAGUCAUCCCAAAAGGAAAUACAAGAUUGCAAACCGGCUUAAGGUUCAGAGGAUUCACACUGUGGAGCAAUCAGCAACAGCACAGUCCUCCCCUCUCUCUGAUCGGGGCCAGGGAGGUGUCACUAAAGAAGAGGCCACCCCCACGGUAGGAGGAAUAAUAGCAGCCCCAGGCCUCCCAGUCACAUUAGACACAAACUCCAUCACACACACAGUCACAGCCAAGAGCCGCUCCCAGGAGAGGGAGGAGAGGGAGGGGAGGAGAUUGGGAGGAAAUAAAACAGUCAGGAUAAGGAAAUUCAAAAGUGAAGCCAGGCUGAGGAGCAAGAAAAUAAAAGAGGCAGAAGGAGAGGAGGGGAGGAGCGUGACAAAUGAAACGGAUGCCUGUGCCACUGCGGCACAGAUUGAGGACCCCACUGCUGGGUUAGAAGAGGCAGGCAUUAGCUCAACUACAGUCAAACCGCAUUUCUCUGACAAUACCGCCACCGCUCAAGCCGCUGAGGAGAAAUUCCCCUUUGUUUCAUCCACCUGCUCUCCUGACAAAGCUGCCUCCUCCUCAGAGGAGGUGGAGACGGGUGUCCCUGUCAUCCCGGGGGGCUACCUGCAGACCCUGUUAGAUGCCACAGACUCCUCAGGUGGAGCGGCUAUCUCUUAUUUCCCCCAGCAGUCCUCUAGGCAGCAGUAUUCUCUGGGGCUGUCCCUGGAGGAGAAACAGUUUUCUUCUCUGCAGCUCGCUCAGAGCUGCGUCCUCUCGCCUCCCUCUGAGUCCGAGCUCCAGCAGUCUCCUCAGAACUGCCCCAGCUUCCCCCAGAUGUGGCACCCACAGCUCUGUGCAAGUCACAGCCAGAGCUUUGGGCCUGAGACCCCCGAGACUCCCAUCUUACCCAACAACUUCCCAGCUGCUGUUCCCCUGAAUGACAGCCUGCCAGUGUCUAACUACAGCCAGCUGAGCCCUGAGGCUGACAGGCUGCUUUAUGAGAAGAGCUACCUGAGUGAGUCUGGGCUGCAGCCCGGGGCAGAUCUGCAAGUGUGUCAGUCUGCCUGCGUGGAGGGCCAGGUGCAAUACCAGCGAGGGUCCCUGUGCACAGACAAUGGCAGGCUCAUCAGCUAUGACUCAGUGGGCUCUCUGUCAGCCUCCUCCAGCAAUUACAGCUCACUCAGCCUCAAGUCUUGUGAGCGAGAGGGUGAGGAGGAGGGCCGAGACAGCUUCUUAGCUCAUUGCAGUCCUAAAGUGGUGAUUCAGCAGAGUGUGGAUGCCCUUACCCCACUCAGGGAGUCCUCAGACCUGCUGGAUAUCUCUAACUUCACCCCUGACAAGUUUAGGCACUCAUCACUGUCAGAGCUUUCCCCUCCUGAGACCCCAAAUCUGUCCCCUCAGGUUGUUGGGCGUGAGAUGAAGAUGGCAGGGAAUGUUGGAGAAUACCAGGAUGUGAAUGAUAUAAGCAUGGACUGCAAUAGGGAGGUAAAGUGGAACUGUGACAUCAUACAGCAACAGGAGCGCACGGCAAGCGCAUACCCGGUGGAGGACAACCAGUUUCCGCUGCACAACUUCAACAAUCAAGAUGUCUUAGGUUUAGAUAAAAAGGAGAUGGCAGCUACAGAAUUUGAUGAACAGAAUGGUGCGAAAAGCAUAAAGUCAAAAAGGAAAGGCAGCUGCAAACAAACAGCAGGAGGACAGAGCCCGAAGAAGGUCCGGGCGCCGAGAGCCCCCAAGUCAGAGAAGGUCAAGACUCCCAAACAGAACUCUCGUUCCACCAAAAAGAUAAAGGCCAUGUUAGAGGGUAAGGCAGCAAAGAACCAGGCAGGUGGCACAGGCCUGACUGACAGUAGCAGCACUGGGGACUGGCCUGGCACCGGAUGGUCGGAGAGUAACAGCCUGGUGGGGGAUGACCAGAGAGAAUUUGAGGAGCCCUCCAAUAUUCUGUCCAACAUUGUCUCUGGCAUGGCCGAGGUCCAAAGGUUCAUGAUGGCCUCCAUUGAGCCACUGUGGAACCCCAUGUCGGAGGCCUGCAUGCCCUCUGAGGCCAACAGUCUCAACCUAAAGACCCUCAAAAUCUUGGCAGGAACUGAGGCUGACCUGAAGAAAAAAGGAGCUGUGCUCACAGGGGCUGGGAGAGGCAGAAAGGCAGGGGGGAAAGGAGGCAAAAACCAGGCCAAAUUCAACCCCUCUCAUCCUUUAUUCCCUCAACUUGCUCUAGGCUGUAACAUGUUUGAUAAACCCAACUUUAUUAACCCCGGGCCUGCUCACAAAAAGCUGUACCGCCACAAGACGAGUGCAAAGUUCCCUCGGAUUGAGACACUGAAGGGGAAGCGAGCUGAGAGAGACCCAAAUAAGGACAUAGCACUGAUGACCUCUUUUGAGAAACUGAGGCACCAACAGCUGGCAGUGGUACACCACCACUCACUAAACCAAAUCAGAAAGACUCUGAAUUCUCCUCGUUUCCCCCACUUUGUUUGCCAAAUUCAAUUUACCUCAACAUCGCCUGGCACUGAGAAGCAACAAAAGAGAGGCAAAGGGGAGAUCUGCUCUGAAGGCUACUGUAGAGGAAGGAGAUGAAAAAAAAAGAGAGAGAUGUUCAAAUGAGCUUUCUCUGGACCAAGAAGAGUGUAGCGCAGAUGUCUGAGGGUAAGCAAGAAGAUGAUUUGUCAUUUGGGGCUGUGCCUCACCGAAAAGCUGUUUGUACUGGAAAUUUAAGGCAGUAGAGAUUCUGAUGCGCACAUCAGUCACGAAUGGACAUUAUUGCAGUCAGCGUGAACGUGAAAGCAGUUUUCAGUACAAAUAGAAACAGUAAUCUUGUAAAUGAAGGAAAGCAUGUCUUUGCAUUCACUCCAUGUGGAAUUUUUACUUCUAUCUUACCUGAAAAAAAUGGUAAUUUAAACAGUAACUUUUCUUGACAUUCUCAUGUAAUUUAUUUCAUGGCGCUGCCGUUUUUCAGUCUGAUUAUUUAGCUCAUAUUUCACAUAAUGUCCAUAAUGUUUCUUUCUUUUCAUUCUACUUCAUUUUACAUCUUUGAUUGUCCUGUUUAAUGGGUCAGACUUCUGGCAGAAAAUAUUGUGACCAGAAAUUUAAGGCUAAAUACAGGCACAAAUUGAAAAGAAAUAUAUUCUUUAUAUAUAUAUAUAUAUAUAUAUAUAUAUUGCGUCUGUCUGAUCCAGCGUAUUCACAGGCCAUUUCUUUUAAUUUGGGCUCAUUCACUACCUCACAGCUCUGAAAUAAAUAUCUAGAAAGCCACUUAAAAAUGAACAUUACAAUCACGCUUAAUCAGUAAUAAAAUCACUUUGAUUUUAUACACUAAACGAAUUUCAGGAGAAAUGCAGAUCCAAUCAAACACUUAGUAUAUUGUGUAGAAAUAUGUGAAAUUAUUUUCACUGUCUUUUAAACAACGUUAUCAUUUUUAGCAGUAAUUACAUGAGACUGCAUGGAGAUGUGCGGACAAACUGAUUGACUGAUUGAUUGAUUUUAAAGCAGGCCUUGUCACAGUGGAUAUGGCAGUUCUGACACACAGGUUAUAUUAAUUGAUCGCUUGCAUACGGCAAGAAUCGUAAUCAAUCUUUCUGUGUCUCUUUUUUUCUCUCUCUCUCCUCUCUGCCAUGAUCCUUUGUUUCUUUUCUAUAGUGUAUCAGGGUUAGGACCAAGACAAGCUGCUGAUGGGAAGCUCCACAUGGGCUGCAAGCCCAUUUAGUCUGCCUUCUCUCAUUUCUGCCUAUUGUCAAAUUGAAUGUACUUCUCUGAGUUCAUAAUUUUCUUUCUUUCUUUUUUUUCGGUUUGUUUUUAAAAUGUGCCACUGUUGAGCUGCCUCAUGUUAAUGGUGCUAAGAAAGCUGACAAUUGUUUUCUUUUCUUUACCGUUCAGUUUCGAUUUUUUUAUUUUCAUUUUUCGGUAUGUUUCAUUUCACCAGUGUUAACGAAAAAAAAAAAAGAAAUGCAAAAUAGAUUAGGUUCCUAACCCUCUUUAUGAAUGUAUAUUAUAAUGUUAUGUUUGAUGUAUUCACUUCAUGAUUCUUUGACACUGAUUGGAAUUACUUUUGCUCUUUUCAUUAAAAGAUUACCGAGCUUUAUAUAUACUGUCUAGAGUUGUUACCAGAAGGAAUCUUAAUGAACUCUUGACACUACAAAAUCUUGUAUAUUUUUUGUGUGCCAAUUUGUAACAUAUUUUGUAAGUGUAUAUUUUUCUUAGAAAGUGCUGUGAAGUAUUUGUGUGUGUGAGUAACCUUUUAUGCGCCUCUAUGGGCAGUGGAAAGGAUAUACAAUGACAAGUUUCUGGUUUUAAAAACCAAAAUAUGAAAGUAUCAACAGAAAACUAGAAAUAUUUACAUUUUGUUGGGAGUUUUGUAAUAAGACCAUGAUCUUGUUGUGAGAGUGUUGUGUUACUGUGCAAAACACAAAUAAGCAAAGAAAAAAAUGAAAACUUGGAAAAAAAUAUAAUUUGUGAACAAUUUGCUGUUUUAUAGAUUUUCAUGUAAAUUAUUUGAGUAUUAUUUUGUUUUUUUUGUUUUGUUGUAACUGUUGCAAAGGUUUUAAAUAUUUGUGAUCAAGCCUGUAUGGUGAUAAUGUAAUAUUGGUAACUUGCUGAGUUUUGUAAUAAUGUUUAUGGAGUAAAUAUACAAAUUAAAAUAAGAUUUUGA